UCAGUUGCAAACGAACGAUUUAAGCGAAAAGUUCGAGAGUUCUCUGGCGCCGUGCGGCCAUAGAGAUAGCGGCAACAUUUGCAGCGCCCGAAAGCGCCAAGCGUAUCAAAUUUGACAAGUUGGCCAAACAAACUGGCAGCAGCAGGCAGCAGCCACACUUCAAGCGAAACUGCGUCUGCCCAGUUUCGCAGCAGCUCACAAGCCCACAUAAAAUAUAUAUACUAUAUACUAAUUAAUACAAUACAAAUACGAGUUUGUGUGUUAUUCAAAAUAAAUGUCAAAACGUCAUAAAUCAAUUGAGAACAAGUGCGGAUAUUUAAACAAUCAAAACGAAACCAAAAAUUAAUACAACGAACCAAAUUUAGUUGUCAAGCGUAGCUGCACUUUUUGGUUGAAUGACCACAAGGCCAAAACGUGGGGCUGCCAUGAAACCAGAAGAAUGCUGAAAAGCACCAAUGCAUAAUGUUCAAUCAUUGAAAUUUAAUAGCAAAGUUGUUAAACACAAAGGCCAGCAAAUCAGAGAAAAGCAUUAAGUGUAAAGCAGUGCAAAGGAAAUGAAAUUGUAAACAAGCAAAGUACGAGACAAAAAAUCACAACAAAAAAAGCCAAAUAAAAGAAAAAAUACAAAAAAAAAUCUAUCAAACAAACCAUAAAAAUCAACUAAAUGCCAAAGCGACGCAAUAACAGAACUAAAAUCUGACAACGAGAACAACGGCAACUGACAAAACGAACGAACCGAACAGACCAAAAGGACCCCAUCCAAUACACUCACGCUCCCCAAUUGAAUGUGUGUGAGUGAGCCAAGGCUAAGACAAAGACAAGUGCAAAGAACAGCAACAAGCUUGGCAACAUUACUUACGACGAGCUGGCAACAUUUACAACACUGGCAACAUGCUGCUGAGGCGCUUACAACACAGCGGCAGCAACAGCCCCGCCAGAGCGCCCUCGCCCUCAAGUUCCCAAAAGCUAAUCGGAUUUACGAGACAACCUUCAACAAGAACAACAACAACGUGGCUUUGGCCGCUGCUCUGCCUGACAGUUGUUGCUCAUGUCAGCGCCCAAAUAGAUCGUACCAUCAGCGAGCAUGAAAACAAAAACGUGGUGCUGCCAUGUCCUGUAAAUGAGCAAAAAUGCGGGAAACUGCAUUCCCUGAACUGGUUCAAAGGCGAUGAUCGGAUUGCUGCAAUGCUGCUGGGCGAUAGCAAUGUCACGAGUGUGAACGAUGAAUUUAAAAACAGAGUAACUGUUGAGCAAAAUCCAUACAGAUUAGUUAUUAAGGAUUUGAGAAUAUCUGAUGAGGAUAUCUAUCUAUGUGAUACAACAUUUUUUAUACCAGAAGAAACGUGUGAUAACUUCAAUGGCUAUCGUGUCGAAUUAAGAGUCUUAGAAAACCUUGUGCCACCCACAGAGGUUGUGAUUUUGGAUGCAAAGGGCGACCGCAUCGAAAACGGCAGCAUCGUUGGACCCAUGCAGGAGCGACAGAGCCUCAAGGCGACCUGUACGGUGAAGAACACACGGCCCCAACCCGAUGUGGGCUGGUGGCGUGGCACCAAACGCCUGGCAACAUAUUCGCCAACUCAUGAUCUUAACGACGGCCUCUAUACAUCCACACUCGAACUGGAUUGGCAAUUAUCACGUGAGGAUCUGGCAACGGAUAUUGAAUGUCGCGUCGAAUCGGCGGCUAUAAAGAAUGCAAUUGUUACCAAAUUUUCUGUCGAUUUGCAAGUGCGACCCACGAGCAUAGACAUCAGCGGAGUGGAACAUCAUACGGUGCAAGGCAACAAAGUGGUGCUAACAUGUCACAUACACGGCGCUAGGCCCGCAGUCAACCUGACCUGGUAUAACACCACUUCUGUUAUUAGUGGCGAGGAGAACGAUUUAACUGAGAUACGCACCAAGGCUUUUGAAAAGGAGGAUGGCACUUAUCACACCCAGUCUGAAUUGAUGUUCAAUGCGACACGGUUUGAAAAUGAUCGCGUUUUUCGCUGUGAGGCCGAAAAUAUUGUUCUGCAAAUCAAUCGCGAGAAGCCAAUGGCCUCAGCCCUCACAUUGGAAAUAAUGUAUCCGCCUGUCGUCAAGGUCAGUCCACCGGAAAUGGUCACAAAUACCAGCGAAAUCGUGCUACUCAAUUGUGAAUACGUGGCAAAUCCGGCCUCGCUCACGCAGGUCGUUUGGUAUCGCAACGGCGACAUUGUUAAUGUCAACGAUACGGUUCGCUACCAGGGCGGCAACUCGGAGAACGUGGCGUUGGUGAUAAAGUCCACGGAUAAAGAAGAUAUUGGCAACUACACCUGCGAGCUAUCCAAUUCCGUUGGCAAGGGCAUCUCCGAGCAGCAAAUCGAUCUCGAUGUGCAGUACGUGCCCCUGGUCGAGGUGCAAAUGAUACCCGAGGGACCCGUCAAGGAGAGCGAUGAGUCAAAUGUAACCCUGUUCUGCAAUAUUUUGGACGCCAAUCCAUCGGUGCUAACCAAAGUGCGUUGGUAUGCCAAUUCCACAUUGCUGAAGGAGCUGCCCGAUUGCGAGGAAACAAGAGAGGAUUUAUGUCACAUUGAUCCCAGCAAGCUGCUGCUCGAGAGCAUUGGUCGCGGCUUCUUCUAUAAUUAUUCCUGUGAGGGCUACAAUGUUGCUGGCUGGGGACCACGCAGCGAGGAUAAGGAACUAAUGGUGCACUACGAGCCUGGACCAGCCACGCUGACGCACUUUCCACCGACUGCUAUUAAGAAGAAGAGCGUCAUCUUUUAUUGCUCUGUGGAUGAUCCGGGCUACCCCGAAUCGAAUAGAUACCGUUGGCUGCGUGGCGGCCGCGGCCCGCUGCAGGACAUUGUCACCAAGGAAUGGACCGUGGAGCCCGUCGGCCUCGAUAGCCGCACCAACUACUCCUGCUAUGCGUACAAUGAGGGCGGCAAGGGCGUAAUGGCCACAGUCAAUUUGGAAGUACAUGCUCCGCCAUUUUUCAUCAAGAAUAUGCAACCCUACACGGGCGUCCUUCACUCCGUCUCCAACUUUAAUCUGACCUGCCGCAUCGAGUGUGUGCCCCGCUGUGAGAUCGCCUGGCUGAAGGAUGGUACGCCAAUUGACAAGAAUGAUACCCGUUACUUUGUCAAAGAGAAGUAUAUGGACGCAUCCCCGGCCACUGGCGAUUUCGAGAGCAUGCUCUCAGUUCUGCACUUCAACAUGUCAAAUUUUCCGAAUAAAAAGUUCGACAUCGAAUCGGAUAACGCCAAAUACAUGUGCAUCUCGACGGCAAACGCGGUAGGACCGACAGUAAACAGCACCACCUACUUGAGCAUUGAAUACGCACCGAAUAACAUCAGCGUCUCGGAGAAUAUUGUCUAUGUGCAGGAACAUCAUAUACCAGGACGCGUCAUAUGCAAAUCGCAAGCUAAUCCAGAACCUUCAUAUGAGUGGCUAUAUCCCAACCAGACGGUUACUAUGGGCAAUACGCUGAUUAUCAACGAUCCCAUUAAGCGCAAUGAUACGGGCAUCUAUAGAUGCAGAGCCCGCAAUAAGCAUGGAGAUCGUAUUGCCGAAACUCUCAUCGAUGUUCAGUUUACGCCGCGCUGUGAAAUCGAAAGGCGAGAAAUCGAUGAUCAGGAUACACUUAUUUGCACAGCAUACGGAAAUCCUCAAGAGGCCGAUUUUUCAUGGUCAAUUAAAGCUGAAAAUGAAACAGUCGAAACGCUGGGCGCUGGCGACAAGAAGACCUUUGCGGACAAAAGCUUUUACAUACUGCAAGAGGAUUACGCCAUUGCCAGGACCUAUCGAUGUGUGGCUAACAAUUCCGUUGGACCCGGCGCAUUCUGUGAGAUUGAAGUUGCUGCUGGUUCAGCACUUUAUAUUUGGUGGCAAGAACAACUGGCCUGGUGGCAGCGCUGGGACAAAACGACGCUCAUUAUACUGGUUGCCGCCAUAUUGGCCUUAUUGCUGGCCGUCAUUAUUAUUUGCUGCAUAAUUAUAUGCAUAUGCCGUCGCCGUCGGCGUCAGGAUAAAUAUCAUACGGAAGUUUCCAUAAGCGCCAACCAAAGUGUGCUAUCCUAUCAGCCGGUCUUGCCACAAGUGGGUGUGGCCUUGCCCAUACACGACACAAUGACGGCAGAUGCGGCCACAUUGUUGCCCGCAACCCUACUGCCACCGCAGCAACAGCAACAACAUCAACAAAAGCUCGCUACGGCCGAGAACAACAAUGAGCUGGCCACGCCUCUGCCCACAACGCGGAACAGCUCAUUGCAUGCCACAGUACCAAAAUCGCCGCCACGUUGGCCACUGCGGCCAGGUGUCAUGUUGCACGUGAGCAGCGACACUAAAGAGAAUCUUGCUGUGAAUCGCAUGACACUGAAACCGAAUCCAAAUCCAAACACAAAUCCCAGUGCAAAUGCGAGUCAAUUGUCGGCACAGCUGAGCGCCGUACUGAACGAUAGCCAAACUAACUCAAACAGCACAAUGCUAACCGAGGUGGCGGUGACGGUGAUAGAACAAGCAGCAGAUACAGCAGCAUCGACAGCAACGGCAGCAUCGCCCGCAGCAAUUGCAACAGCAGCAGCAGCUGCAGCUGCAGCAGCCAACCGUAGGCUGAUGAAGACUAAUCCGACUGACAUUGCCUUGCCAUCGACAGAUGCAACAGACGCCGCUACAGCUGAGGCACUACCAGAGCUAACCGCGUGCCUUGCCAAUCCUACUGCAACAACAGCUGCAACAGCAGGAGCAGCAGCAACAGCAUCAGCGACUGCCGCUCCCAGCAGCAUGCAGCGCAUUUUGGACUUUGUGUUCAGGCGCGCGAAGCGGUCCAGCGAUGAUGGUACCCGGGACAGCCAGCGCAGUCAUGUCGGUCUGUUGCAGACAUUUUGGCGUGGGCGUGGCAGCCAAGAAUCGCCCUUUGCGGCACAGCAUCGCCUCAAGGGCAUACGUUGCAGUGGCAGUGUCACCUACAAAAAGACGCCCACAGCAACAGCAACUAAUUCAACCACAACAUCAACAACAACAACAACAGCACCAGCAGCAACAACACCAACAAUAAACAGUCCCAGCAGUGCCCAAUCACAUGCCUCUGUGACAUUUCAAGCGCCUUCAUUAGACAAGACGUCGCCAACAGACACCGCAGCAACAACAACAGCGGCAACAACAACACAAGCAAUACCCGCAGCAGCAGCGGCAGCAGCAACAGUCCACGCUGGGCCUGGCGUGAGCUGCUUGGAUCGACCACAGCGACCAGGCAUAUUGAAGUGUUCAACGCCCCCGCCGCGCCCACCGCCACCCAUAUUGCCGUUGCGUCAUGGCCCUGGACAACAGCAGCUGUUGACCAGCAGCGGCCGCAGCAACAUACACAUCAGCAACAGUGGCAACCGCCCGCCUCUGCUCAAACGCACCGUUGUGGUGUCACCCAGCAAAGUCGAACGCGUCCAAAUACACGACAAGUCGUCUUCACUGGGGGAUCCAUUGACGGAACCUGGCGAGUAUGAGAAUCUACCGUUUCAUGGUCUGCAAACGGCACCUAACAAGUUCUCUACUACCCCUACAAAUUUUAAUAACAACACAAAUGUGGUGCGCGUCGCUCCACGACCCAAGAGACUAAAUGGAAAUAUUGGUCAAGCAAUGAACAGCCAGCAGCUGCUGCAUCACCAGACUCUUCAGCAUCCGCAUCCUCAACAGCAGCAAACACACUACUACGACCAACAAAUGCAACAGCAGCAACAACAGCAGCAGCAACAUCAGCAGCAACAACAUCAGCAGUACAACACUUUGCAGUACGGGCGUGGCUGCACAGCCCCGCCCCCUCUUACGGCUCCACAUAAUCGCAGUCUGGAUCAGCUCGAAUCCAGCUCCGAUCAAAUACAAUAUAAUCUAAGCAAUUGCUUUCCCAAAAGCUACACCGAAUACUACCAGCAGCAUCAUCAUCAGCAGCAGCAGCAGCAGCAGCAACAAACACAGCAGCAACAAUCUCAGCAACAGCAACAACAACAACAGUCGCAUAAAUUUCACACCAAUUCCGCGUCCAAUGCGCAGCUGUUGAAUGCCAUCGAGCAUGAUUAUCAGCCCACAUACGCGGUGGUUGAGCGUGUGCCACCGCCACCACCUGCGCCCAGUUCCGCGCUGCUCAACACGAAUCCCUUUCUGGCCGCCAGCAACUUUAAGAAAUACGAUGCGGCCGGCGAGGAGCUGCUGGGUAGCAUGCAGCGCAGCAAGCGCGGCAAGGCGGGCAGCCUGCUGGACCGCAUGGACAUGGAUAAGAAAUUCUACUCACUGAAGUUUCCCAAUGGCGUCAACAAGCUGAAGAAGCCGGCCUACAAUCUGAAUGCCUCAUUGGGAAUGGCCACAACGACAACGGCGCCGAAAUGCAAGCGGCAUCAUUCCUUUGCUGGUGGCAGCCAUGGCGAUAUUGAAUCCAACGGCAAGCCCAUGCGCCUCUAUGAUCCGCCCGUCUAUGAGAAUGUGGCGGACAAAUGUGGCGGCGAUUUGGACAUGGAUAUGGGCGGUGACGGCAGCAGCAGCAGCAUUGGUCACAAUAUGAAUCUGAAUCAUAAUCUGAAUCUGAAUCUGGCCACAGUGCAGCUGCACACGCAGCCAGCUGCUGUCGUCUCGGCGAGCCACAAGAAGAAACAUCACCAUCGCCAGCACCAGCAAAAGGCUGAUGCAUCAGUUGGCGCCGUUGGCGCUGCAGCUGACUUUCAACUAAUGGAGCCUGAACGCCUGAGCAUUUAUCGCAGCGAUUCGGGCAUAUCCAAUAGCUCCUAUGAGUCCCAGCUGCCGGCACUGGGCCAGCGCACACCCAAAGCGCACAAGGCGGCAUCCUCGGGCCUCAACCUGACCCGCAAGCCACUCUACAUGAACGUGGAAGGGCAGCAGCAGCAGCAGCAGCAACAACAGCAGCAGCAGCAAUUGGCACGUGCCGGCUCACCGGCGCACAAUAUUAAUUCGUCCUAUGAAUCCGCCUCGUCGGCGCCCGUCACAGAUCCCACCUCGCUCAGCUCAUCCAAUUCGCUUUACAGCAGCGGCAUCGGCACCGUCAGCUCACGCUGUAAUCGCCACUCGCAGCAGCAGCAGUCGCAGCAGCACCAGCAUCAGCAGCAUCAAAGGCAGCCAACGCCGGAAAUCACAACACCUGAGGAUUAUGAGCAGUACCAACUGGGACAUCAACCAGCGCAUUCCACCUCCAUGCUGUCGGUGGCCAGCAGCGUGAGUGCCGCCAGUCGUGGCAAGUGCAAGCCCUCCAGCACAUCAACAAUGCAACAGCUGCCACUUCGCUUAGGUCCACAUGAGCAAACGCGAUUGUUGGCCACUAAUCCAUUUUUAGCACUUAAACGGAACAGCAACAUCAGCAACAACAACAGCAGCAGCAACGACAACAAAGGCAGCAGCAAUGCCUGCAGUAAGAAAUUACGACGACAGACCAUCAGCGACCCCUACGCACAUAUCAAACGGCAUUAUGCCGGCGAUGCCGAUGCCUCUGUUGCCAGAAACAACAACAACAACAACGACGACGAAGGGAGCAACAUCACAGAAGCCCUUGCAGCCAACAGUUAUAGUGGCCCCAAAGCCGCGACAGCAGCAGCAGCAACGUCAGCAGCAGCAGCAACAGCAACGGCUGAGCAACAAAUUAGCAACAACAACAACAGCCACGGCAACAAUGGGCUUGGGCAUGGGCGGGGGCGUGGCGAUCAUCAACAACAAAUGCUAAUGCCAAAUGAAUUGCUGCUGCAGGCAAGUCAAUUAGCUGCCGCCGACUGCAAUCAGAAUUUAAGAUAUGUACCGCCCAUGCCAAGUGCCACGCCUAUGACACAACCCCUGGCUGGCGCCUACGAUUGCCUGGUGGUGCGUCGCCCGAUGCGCUUGCCGUUGCGCAAACACCACACCUUCCAUUUCCAGACAACACAAACGGCCAACGGCAAAUUGCAGCAGCUGCGCCGCCAACUGCAACAGCAACAACAGGAGAGGGAGCAACAGCAGCGGACGCAGGGUCCACUCAUCUAUCGUCCAUUGGAGCUGAGUGAACGGCAUGCCUUUAAGCCAAUUUCACCAACACCUGCAACAACAACAGCGUCUGAUUAUGAAAAAUGCCAAGAGAACGACACACAGCAGCAACAAUCGCAGCAAGAACACCAGCAGCAGCAGCAGCAGCAGCAACAGCAACCAGCUACGGGUCAACUAAAUCCCGCUGCCUCAUUAGAGGCAUUAGAGGUGUUAACUAAAACGCAUCCGGACUUUAUGUUUGUCCGAACAAGCGGCCAACAAAGCGAGCCGCUUGCUGCUGCUGUUACUGCAGCAGCAACAACAACAGCUGCUGCUGCUGCGGCAGUGGAGGAAGAUGAGGACUUGGGCUACUCCUUUUGCGAGGAGGAGUACAUGGUGGAUGAUGAUGAUAAUGCUGAUGAUAAUGCAGCAAGCCACAAUCUUACGGCACCACCCACAACGCCCGCCCACAGCUCACAGAGUAGUGCAGCCAUUGCAAAUGCAACUGCGGGCGCACUGAGAUACUUUCUGACUCAAAGCUAUCGCGAGGUGCACAUUUGAAAUUCGAGGGGAGAACGUUAGACACAAAAGAUACAAAUGAGAAAUUGACAGUUAGACAGGCCUAAAUGACGCAUACAAGGUAUUUAGUAAUUAAAGCUGAGGGAAUAAAAACAUAUUUAUAUUUAGCAUAAUUCAAAUUCAAAUGAUAUAAGUAAACAGAAUAAGAGAGAUGUGUCGAAAGAACAGUUUAGUUACGAGUCACUAAAAUACUUAUAUACAAUAGCUUAGAGAUUAUUCAAUCAUCAAAUCAUUCAGCAAAUGGUUCUCAAUUUCAUAAACUGGCAUUUUGGCAGGGACUAUAACCAUUUCAACAGUCAGUAUCCAAUAUCGUCGUGAUGCAUGCGAUUCGCUAUUGCCAACUGUUUACCCUGCUGUCAUAUUUUUCAUCAACUUUUGCCAAUGUUUUUACGUAUUUUUAUAAAUAUAUAUAUAUAUAUAUAUUUAUUAUUCAUAUAUCAACUAAUUGUAAUAGAACAUUUUGUGGCCCCUAGAGAUGCCCAAAACACAACCUAAUAUGAAGAAAUCGAAUACACAAAAAGUCCACAGAGCAAAGUUGCAACUGUAGAGGCACUUAUUGUUAGUGUAUAUAGUUAGCAUAAAUUUAAACUUGAUGAACAAAUAUUAAAAUUAAUUUAAACUACAACUAAAGGAAAACAACAACAACAAAUAAUACACAAGCAAAAUCAACGAGCAUUAUAAAGCUAAAUACUAAACAUUCCCAGAAGCACAACUAAUUCAUUCUUAUAUUAAAUAAAUAUAAUUAAUAAUUAAGUAUUAUACUAAGGCAACUCUGACUGUAUGUGUGUUAAGUUUGAAGUAGUUUUGUGUAAUGUAUACAAAUGAAUAUUUAAACAAUUCAGAUAUAUAUGUGUAAGCACUUGUAUUGUAUAUAGAAAUGAUUGGCUGCCCAACUUGAAGGUUUCUCUUACCACUGAGAGGCAACUGGGCGCAGCGUCUAGUUUAUUUACUUGCUAUUUAUUUAAUUAGUUGAAUAAGAAAGGAAAUAGAAACAUACCAUUGAAGUGAAAACCAAACAGAAGCCAAGCAUUUUACUAAAUUAUUUAAAACCUAUUAUUUAUUAUGAUUACUCUUAAAUAAGAAAACCAAAGCAAAUAUUUAAAAAAGUUCACUUAAGCGGUAUUAAAUGCAUUCUUCAAGCCUAACUCGCAUAAACAAAACAAAAA